AUGUAAGAUCAUCCACAUAAGUUGAACAUGGGACACAUACAUACAGUUUAAUUAAAUAAAAUCUACUAUUUUAAAAAGUAAGAUUAUUUCUGAAAAAAAUAAUAGAUAUAGAGUGGCCCUAAAAUUGCAACCAUUAAUACAAGUUUAGCAGUAAGUUUUUUCAACACUUGUUAAAUUAUUAAAAGUUAAUUUUACAACUGAAUUAUUGUUGGCUUAGAGGGUUGAAGUCUGUAGUUUAAUAAAUUUGAAUAGUUUUCUCAAAGAUACAGAGGCCUUUAGCAUGACGCAUUACAAAAUAUACGGUGUGAUUAUUGUUGUUUUUUAGGAAUAUUACAUAAUUGGCAAUUGUUAGUACUUCAUUAAUCAGGUCUUUUAAUCCAACUUGUAUUUAACUGGGAUGUGA